UUGGCUGGGGUCGGCGGAGGAGCGGGCUCGCGGUUCCUGGGUCCGCUGCCCCGCGGGGCGGAAUCGUCCUCCUGCUCUGUCCCCAGGAUUCCUGCGGAGCGAUGAGGGUGUGGGCAGCGCGGGGAGGCGGUCGCAGGACAGGAAAGCGCCAGCGCCUCCUUCCUCUGGCCGGCUUUUCUUGAUCUGGGUGGCUGUGAGCCAGCCCAGGAGAAGCGCGAGCGGGUUUUCAGACAUUGCUUCCAACGUGACAACCGGUGAAGAAAGGGGCAGGGCGCCCUGGCGGGCUCUCUGUGGCAGCACUGAGGAGAGCAAAGGUUCAGCCUCUCACACCUCUGGGAAAGAGUCCAUUUCAGACCUUGGCCACGCAGGAGGUGGGUGGAGGCGCUGUGGGCAUGGCCCUGCUUUCCUCCGUCCACACGUUGCUUGGAAGGGCCGAGCAGAGCCGACGUCAGUUGAGCCCUUUCCGAGCAAUCGGCAACGCUGGGUUCCUGAUCCCUUCAGAGGUUUAAGCUAAGCUAUGGAUGCUGACCCAGAUUGUUCUGCUGAAAACCAAGGCUCUGACAAUGACUCUGACACAGAGAGCCAAGCAGAUCCAGAUACCCAGGCCCAGGAGUACAUCGAACGUGUUCUUGGGUCUUCCAGCCAGUGUUGUCAGGCAUCCAAGUGCCUGCCUCCUGAAUCUCUCUCGAUCAGUGAUGGAGCCCGAACAUCAGAACGCAUGUCUCCACCUCUGGAGCUUAAGAAGUCUCCUGUUAUUGAUGAGACAGCUUCAGGACUGUUAUCUCUUCCUCUGGAGCUGAUCUUGGAGAUCUGUUCCUACCUGCAGGCCAGGUUUGUCCUGGGUGUUCUUCCUUUGGUCUGCAAGACUCUGAGGGACAUUGUGCAGGAUGAAGUCACUUGGAGAAUUCGCCUGCUCAAGAGAAUUGGCAACUGCUAUCCUGUAGUGGAAGAUGACGACUUUAACUGGCCAGCUGCCUGCAUUGAACUAGAAGAACACCUCCAACAAUGGGCAGAAAACGGCAGGAACACAGAGUACUUUUCCCUUGCAGAGGGGCACUUUGCCUCAGUCGACACUGUGCUGCUCCUCCAGGGCGGUGAGCUCUGUGUUUCAGGUUCUCGGGAUCGAAAUGUCAACUUGUGGGACCUGAGACAGCUGGGCAGAGCACCAGAAAAUGUGCUAGUGAAGACACUGGGGACAGAGCGCAGUGGCACACACAAGGGAUGGGUCUGGUCACUGGCUGCAAGAGAUGGCCGCGUGUGCUCAGGGUCCUGGGACAGCACAGUGAAACUGUGGGACAUGGCUGCUGAUGGGCAGCAGUUUGGAGAGAUCAGAGGGAAAGCAGCUGUGUUGUGCCUUUCUUAUCUGCCUGACAUCCUGGUCACAGGAACCUAUGACAAGAAGGUGACAGUAUAUGACCCACGAGCUGCUCAAGCCCUAGUGAAGAGCCGCAAGCUUCAUUCCAGUGCAGUCCUGUCCCUUGCAGCUGAUGAGCGCUUCAUCAUCUCUGGUAGUGAAGACCGAACACUGGUGUGCUUUGACAGACGAGCCAACAGCGUCCUUCAAAGGCUGCAGCUGGACUCCUACCUCCUUGCCAUGUCAUACCAGGGUAAUCAGCUAUGGGCUGGAGAUAACCACGGACUGCUGUAUGUCUUUGAGAACAGAGGAGGGGGCUUCCAGCACAUCCGGUAUUUCGAUGUGGGUCAUCACUCCCAGAUCACUGGGCUCCAGCACUCACUGGGUGCAUUAUACACAACGUCCACUGACAAGACACUGCGUAUCCAUGUUCCCACAGAUCCACCGAAGGUCAUCUGUUCGCGGAUGCACAGCUGUGUGCUGAAUGGGGUAAUGGCAUUGGGGAUAGAGAUGCUAGUAGAUGGUGUUCCAGACCAUUUGUAUUGGUUCCUGCUCAAGAAAGGGAACAUUAGAGCUGGGCAAAGGGAAAAUAUGGGGAAUGAGCAUCCUUGCUUGUCUUUACUGUCUGGUAUCGGGCACGCGGGCUGCCUUCUGGCUGCUGUGGGCCUUGCUCAACCUACAGGUUCCACCCCCACUUUCUCUUCUUUUGCAGAUCAGCGCUGAAGGAAACAUAGCAGUGGCUGCCUCAGGGGGUCUCUCUUUGGAAGUCUGGAAGCUCAGUGUGUGAUGACAAGCCCCAAAGCGAUCCGUGCACACAAAUACAGGGGUGUCGAGUCCAGGGUCUUGGACAACAUCCCUUCAGUGUCCUGAGUUCAAGUGCCUGGUGGGUUGUUGGUUUUUGUUUCUCAUGCUCUCUGGAGCAGUGAAGUCAGGGGUUGAAGGUUCAGCCUCAACUUUUCCCGGGUAGCUAUAGGAGAGAGGCUUGCUCCCAGACCAAUGCGCCACCUCAGAAUCAACCCCCCUUCCUGCCAGCUGCCUGCUCUCCUUCCUUCCUGUGGCCCCCCAUGCUCUGAUAUGCACACUUCUAUGGGCCCACACUCAGCACAGAGGAGCAGCUGUUCAGAUGCCUAAGCAGGGCAAGGUCAACUUGAGGAAGAUGCAUUGUGGGCACAAGAAUAGCAGUGGUUUAAAGGAUCUUCUGGUGACCUUGUUCUGAUCCAUGUUUACAGUUUAAUUAAAGAUGUUCUAAAGAGGUUGA